AUGGUCAGCCUUUAUCGAAUAAAGGUCACCACCAGCUCCUACCACCUACAGACCAACGGCGGCACGGAACGCGUCAACCACACGAUGGCUCAGAUGCUUGCGGUGGUCGUCAACGAACAGCAAAACGGUUGGGACAUACGUCUCCCGCACGUUGAGUUUGCCUACAACAAUUCCGUGAACUAGUCUACUGGAUUAGCGCCAGACGAGAUCCACAUCGGACGCAUCCCGCGACUCCCGCUUUCGGUCUUCGAUCAUCCCACGGUAGGUGGUCAUCAAAGCUUGGCCCGCGAUCAACUCGAGUAUUGCAACCUGGCUGUCGAUCGCCAGCGCCGGGCCUACGAACUUGUCCGUGAGUACAACGCCCUGAAGAUUUCGCGAGUCGAACGCCGAAAUUCAUCCCUGCUGGACGCCAUUCACAAGCUCCCUCAGUAUACCGUUGGCGGGUGGGCUUGGGUGUACAACACGGCUGCUACAAUUCGACAGGGUGUGCAGAAGGACACGGACCAACAGGUGCUCAAGGCCAAAUUCGCACUUUCCUGGACGGGGCCCUACAAAGUUCUUGCGGUGGGUCCCACCUCUGCCGACGCCACUCCGGACGGCCGCCCGCUGGCGCGUAAACUCCUCUACCUGGACCUGCCUUCCGAUCUUUCCGGCCCGGCAGCUCGUUGUCGCGUGUCU